AUGGGUAACAAAAAUAAACCUAAAGCCAAGGCCAAUGAGGGUCAACAUAGUGGUAAAUGGACUACAUGUGCAACACCUACUUCGAAGAAAGGAGCAAUCUGGAAGCAAGCCCCAGUGAAAUUCGUCCCUGAAGUUCCUAAAGUUCCCAAUGAAACAAAUACAUGGAUCUGGCCUUCUCUGGAUCAUCAAAAAACACAAGCUGGUGGUAAAUCUGCAAACACUGCCAAGAAAAAUCCUGCAGAGACAAUUGACAAUCCCAUUGAAACUGCAUUUGCUCAGCGUUCCUUUUCAGAUACAUUCGUUUUGAGAUAUUACACCAAUAAUUCUGUACCUGCCAGAGGAUCCAUUUGGGAACAUCCUCCUCUUCCUGGGACCGCCAAUUUCCAGGCUUCUUCUGAUCCGGAUCCAGCUGCAUGGUCUACUGUACCCGAAAAUGCAAAAUGGUCUACGCUCCCUGCAUAUGCCAUCAAUCCUGCACUCAAAUCAGUUGAAGUUCCAUGGUGCACUAAAAAGAGAGCGAUUACAAUCCUCACACCGGCGGCUCCUCCAAAUCCAGAUGUUGCAGUUUCUGCUAAGGUGACAAGUCCACCAGCUACUAAGAGUCCUUGGGCUACAGUACCAACUAAUGUUGCAUUUCCAACUCCUCCCGAACAAGAGAAUCCCAACGAUGCUGUGGCAAACCUUGACUGGGGUCUUCAACCUACGGUACUUUCUGAGAAAGAUGCUAUUGCAGCAAAUGCCUGGGACGAUGGACCUGUAGCCACAGAACCAGAGCCUUUUCCCAAUUUAGUCAACUGGCCUUUCACGGGUGAAAAAGAUAGAUUUAAGAGGGUGGCUUCAUUGGGACCAUUUGUUUUCAACUGGAGAGAAAAUGUGUUCAAGCAUCCAAAACAUAAUCAAGCGCAAAGUACAUUGAUCAGAGUACUUCAAAUAGAAGGUAUCGAUGUCAUUCUUCUCAGAUUCAUUUGGGAAAACCAUAGCAAUGCUUCUGCCCUCUGUCGAACUAGUCAGAGAUCAUGGGAAGUUGCGAUGGCUAUUACUGGCAUUUGGGAUAUGACUGGAGGUUGUUUUGAAGGCUGCGAUGCACCGAUAGAGGGCAAUGAAUUCGAUGGUAGAGCAUCUUCAGUUGUUGUGGUCACACCUACUAGGGAUACAGAUCCUAUCAAUUAUGUUACCCAAAUCAAGAACUUGAAUAAGAUGUGUAUGGCUAUGCAUAACUUCAGUGAAUUUCUUCAAAACAUCCAAUUACAUCACAUUCCCUUCCUCACCACCCACAUUCUCGCCUUGGUCAUUCCCGAAAUACGCAAACUCAAAACUCUCGGUGUUUACAACUGUGAAUUGAUUCAUCUCGGCGAUGGUAUCGAACUCCUUGAUAUCAUCACGCGAGACCGUCUUCGAGGUUGCGAACACCAAGUCGAUUUAGAUUUUUAUCCAGUAUACCAUGUUGGUCCUCAUCCUUUCCAUCAAGCAGGUGAUCAUAAAGGAGAGAGAAGAUUAGGGGGAGAGUAUUCAUAUGGUGUUACUUGGGAUGAUCCUGGUAUGCAUGUUGCUGAUAUUCGGAUUGCAAUCUGGCAGGAAGUUCACAGUCUUCUUCGUCAGGCAAGAGCUCAGGGUAUCGAUUUUGUUUCUAAACAUACGAUGUUCAGACAAUGGUUGGAUAAGUCGCCUUGUAUGUUGGUAGAGGAAACCCUCAAGAUCCUGAUGGAUGAUAACGUAACAGUCGAUCAUGUUAUCGCCCAUGUUGCAUAUGGAGAUUUUGGUGGCAGGGUUGAGAAAUAUCACGAGGCGUUGAAAGGAAGAGGUAUUGCAAAUAAAACCGAAGGUGUGAAAUGGAUGGAAGAAGGUUUCUUGUGUUGUCAAUGCGGACAUCUCCUCCCCGGAGUCUGGUUCUCCUACCAGAUGAUCCGAAACUACAAACUCGAUCCGAUCGACCAACCAGUCUGUCAAGCCUGCAAAUUAUUCCAAUACCUAAACCAGGAAAACGACCACUACAAAUUAGAAAAGUUGACCAUCAUCAAAGCGUGGUGUUGGGAACGCACCUCCAAUGAUCCCAGACAUCCAGGAAAAUGGAAUACCAACGAUAUAGGCAAAUUUCUCGACGCUUUCAAGAGUACACCUCAGGGCAGCAGAAUCAGAGGUUUAGCUCGAAAUCUACAUGACAAGAGAAGACUUGAUGAGGCUCAUGACAUCUUUCAUGAAAUCGAUGAGGUGCAGAGACCAAUUAGUAGUCAGGCGUUGGGAAGAAGAGGCGCGUAUGGAAUUCGUGCGGCGACGGUCCAGGAUAAGUUGUGGAUUGAGAGUGGAAGAAAACAUAGCGAGUGGGAUUCUUUCCGCGUAGAUCGGAUUAAUGGACAUGGUGUACCGGCUACCUUUAGAGGUCAUUGGUAAUCGGCUUUUGGUCUUUGAUGGUAUUGGUGGUGUUGGGUUUAUUGCUUUGCUUUGUCGGCUGGGCUUUGAUCUCAUCGAUUUCAUCAUUCAUCAAUGAUGCACUUCGGAUACUAAAUGACACACAUAUCCUACAUCCAACAAGCAUACCUAGGUAGAUCUUUCAACCUUGCUCCGAUCAUCCAAUCCUCAGGUUGAACAAAAGAGUUUUCGAUUCAUGACAUAGAAGAAGGGAAUUACGAUAUUAUCCUCGAUGAACUCCUCGACUAGACUUCAACAACACGGAUAUCGAUUUCGACAAAACCACUUCUGAAACAUGAUCAACAACGAUACCUACACAACCUACCUAGAUAGCUAAAGCAAGCUCUUCUCGCUAGCUGAAGGCAUUUACACACUGAUACUUUUUUCUUUGUUCAUCUUUUUCUCUUCAUUUCUCUUCCUUCCUUUUUUGGGGAAAAAAGAGAUGCGUUGUGCAAUACGAUACGAUACGAUACGGUGGGAUACGAUACAUCAUA